GCCUCACUCCUUUCGCCCCGCCCCUUCCUCCUCCCGAGUCUCCGGCAUUGUGGUGUCCACUCCGCGGCUGCUUUCUCCGCGCUCAAACCAGGCCGACAGACGCCGCACAAUGGCUCUCCACGUCCCCAAAGCACCGGGCUUCGCCCAAAUGUUGAAAGACGGCGCUAAGCACUACUCAGGUCUUGAAGAGGCAGUCUUUCGCAACAUCAGAGCCUGUAAGGAACUUUCCCAGACAACACGCACAGCUUACGGGCCCAAUGGCAUGAAUAAAAUGGUCAUCAACCAUUUGGAGAAGCUGUUUGUUACUAAUGACGCUGCCACCAUCCUCAGAGAGCUGGAAGUGCAGCAUCCAGCCGCCAAAAUGAUCGUCAUGGCGUCCUACAUGCAAGAGCAAGAGGUGGGAGACGGCACCAACUUUGUGCUGGUGUUUGCCGGCGCCCUGCUGGAGCAGGCUGAGGAGCUCCUCCGAAUGGGCCUCUCCGUGUCCGAGGUGAUUGAAGGCUACGAUAAGGCCUGCAAGAAGGCCCUGGAGAUCCUGCCCGACUGUGUGUGUUCCUCGGCCAAGAACCUCCAUGACACGAAGGAAGCCACAGCGUUGAUUCGCACGGCCGUCAUGAGCAAACAGUACGGAAACGAGGACUUCUUGUCAAGCCUCAUCGCCCAGGCGUGUGUGUCCAUCCUGCCAGAGUCUGGCAGCUUCAACGUGGACAACGUCAGAGUGUGCAAGAUUCUGGGUUGUGGAGUGACGGCCUCCUCCGUGCUGCACGGCAUGGUGUUCAAAAAGGAGUUGGAGGGAGACAUCACUUCGGUUAAGGACGCCAAGAUCGCCGUCUUCUCCUGCCCCUUUGACUGCAUGGUCACGGAGACCAAGGGCACGGUGCUGAUCAACAACGCCAAGGAGCUGAUGGACUUCAGCAAGGGGGAGGAGGACAUGAUGGAGGCACAGGUGAAGGCCAUCAAGGAGGCGGGCGCCAACGUGGUGGUCACGGGCGGCAAAGUGGCCGACAUGGCGCUGCACUACGCCAACAAGUACAAGCUCAUGGUGGUCAGGCUGAACUCCAAGUGGGACCUGAGGAGGUUAUGCAAGACGUUGGGAGCUGUAGCUCUGCCCAGGCUGACCGCACCCACCCCUGAGGAGAUGGGUCACUGUGACAGCGUUUACCUGACGGAGGUGGGAGACACACAGGUGGUGGUCUUCAAACACGAGAAGGAAGACGGCGCCAUCUCCACCGUGGUGAUCAGGGGUUCCACUGAAAAUCUGAUGGACGACGUGGAGCGAGCCGUUGACGACGGAGUCAACACCUUCAAGGUCCUGGUCAGGGACAAGCGUCUGUUACCUGGAGCAGCGGCCACGGAGAUCGAGCUGGCCAAGCAGAUAACCUCGUAUGGAGAGACCUGCCCGGGUCUGGAUCAGUACGCCAUCAAAAAGUUUGCAGAGGCCUUUGAGGCGUUUCCGCGCGCCCUGGCCGAGAACUCUGGCGUGAAGGCCAACGAGGUCAUCUCCAAAAUGUACUCAGCGCAUCACGAGGGGAACAAGAACAUCGGCUUUGAUAUCGAGGGAGAAGGCCCGUCGGUGAAGGAUGUCGUGGAGGGCGGAAUCCUGGAGCCAUACCUGGUCAAACACUGGGGCAUCAAGCUGGCCACCAACGCCGCCAUCACAGUCCUCCGAGUGGACCAGAUCAUCAUGGCUAAGCCCGCGGGGGGCCCCAAGACUCCCCAGCAGAGGGGCCACUGGGACAAAGACGACUGGGACGAGGCGCCCGAUCAAUUUGACACUCACCACUAGUCAAUCAUCAUGGCCAAGCCGGCCGGAGGACCCAAACCUCCGCAGGGCAAGAAGGACAUGGAUGAAGACGACUGAGCAUCUACUUUUUUUUAUUUUUUUUUUUUCCCCCACUCCUCGUUUAUUUAACAUGCAGCAGUUAAGUUUCUUUUGUAAACGGUCCUCACAGCAACAGUAGGGAAGAGCUCUGAUGGCUUCUUACGUUGUUCCUCACAAAUAAACGGCACUUGCGCUGA